AUGACCCGAUGCAUAUGCAACUGUGACACAGCCAACAAAGGCGCAAAAAUACCAUCAGAAAUAGAAAAGUGCUACCAAAAAGCACCAUCAGAGUCACAAAAAGCACCAUCAGAGUCACAAAAAGCACCAUCAGAGUCACAAAAAGCGCCAUCAGAGUCACAAAAAGCACCAUCAGAGUCACAAAAAGCACCAUCAGAGUCACAAAAAGCACCAUCAGAGUCACAAAAAGCACCAUCAGAGUCACAAAAAGCACCAUCAGAGGCACAAAAAGCACCAUCAGAGUCACAAAAAGCACCAUCAGAGUCACAAAAAGCACCAUCAGAGGCACAAAAAGCACCAUCAGAGUCACAAAAAGCACCAUCAGAGUCACAAAAAGCACCAUCAGAGUCACAAAAAGCACCAUCAGAGUCACAAAAAGCACCAUCAGAGUCACAAAAAGCACCAUCAGAGGCACAAAAAGCGCCAUCAGAGUCACAAAAAGCGCCAUCAGUCACAAAAAAGCACCAUCAGAGUCACAAAAAGCGCCAUCAGUCACAAAAAAGCACCAUCAGAGUCACAAAAAGCACCAUCAGAGUCACAAAAAAGCGCCAUCAGAGUCACAAAAAGCACCAUCAGAGGCACAAAAAGCACCAUCAGAGUCACAAAAAGCACCAUCAGAGUCACAAAAAGCGCCAUCAGAGUCACAAAAAGCGCCAUCAGUCACAAAAAGCACCAUCAGAGUCACAAAAAGCACCAUCAGAGUCACAAAAAGCGCCAUCAGAGUCACAAAAAAGCGCCAUCAGAGUCACAAAAAGCACCAUCAGAGUCACAAAAAGCGCCAUCAGAGGCACAAAAAGCGCCAUCAGUCACAAAAAGCACAAUCAGAGUCACAAAAAGCACCAUCAGAGUCACAAAAAGCGCCAUCAGUCACAAAAAGCACCAUCAGAGUCACAAAAAGCACCAUCAGAGUCACAAAAAGCACCAUCAGAGGCACAAAAAAGCGCCAUUAGAGGCACAAAAAGCGCCAUCAGUCACAAAAAGCACCAUCAGAGUCACAAAAAGCACCAUCAGAGGCACAAAAAGCGCCAUCAGAGUCACAAAAAGCGCCAUCAGUCACAAAAAGCACCAUCAGAGUCACAAAAAGCACCAUCAGAGGCACAAAAAGCGCCAUCAGAGGCACAAAAGCACUAUCAGAGUCACAAAAAGCACCAUCAGUCACAAAAAGCACCAUCAGAGUCACAAAAAGCGCCAUCAGAGGCACAAAAAGCUCCAUCAGAGUCACAAAAAGCACCAUCAGAGGCACAAAAAGCGCCAUCAGAGGCACAAAAAGCACUAUCAGAGUCACAAAAAGCACCAUCAGUCACAAAAAGCACCAUCAGAGUCACAAAAAGCGCCAUCAGAGUCACAAAAAGCACCAUCAGAGGCACAAAAAGCGCCAUCAGUCACAAAAAGCACCAUCAGAGUCACAAAAAGCACCAUCAGAGGCACAAAAAGCACCAUCAGAGUCACAAAAGCACCAUCAGAGGCACAAAAAGCGCCAUCAGUCACAAAAAGCACCAUCAGAGUCACAAAAAGCACCAUCAGAGGCACAAAAAGCACCAUCAGAGUCACAAAAAGCGCCAUCAGAGGCACAAAAAGCACCAUCAGAGGCACAAAAAGCACCAUCAGUCACAAAAAGCACCAUCAGAGUCACAAAAAGCACCAUCAGAGUCACAAAAAGCGCCAUCAGAGUCACAAAAAGCACCAUCAGUCACAAAAAGCACCAUCAGAGUCACAAAAAGCGCCAUCAGUCACAAAAAGCACCAUCCGAGUCACAAAAAGCGCCAUCAGUCACAAAAAGCACCAUCAGAGUCACAAAAAGCACCAUCAGUCACAAAAAGCGCCAUCAGAGUCACAAAAAGCGCCAUCAGUCACAAAAAGCGCCAUCAGAGUCACAAAAAGCACCAUCAGUCACAAAAAGCACCAUCAGAGUCACAAAAAGCACCAUCAGAGUCACAAAAAGCGCCAUCAGAGUCACAAAAAUCGCCAUCAGUCACAAAAAGCACCAUCAGAGUCACAAAAAGCACCAUCAGAGGCACAAAAAGCACCAUCAGAGUCACAAAAAGCACCAUCAGAGGCACAAAAAAGCCCAGCAGAGGCACAAAAGUGCCAGUAAAGGUACACAAGAAUUAA